AUUUUUUUUCCCCAAGCGAAGCAUGAACGGUUGUUAAGUGGAAAAUGGAGGCUGAACUUUACGUGACAAUUCUUACCUGCUUGAUCCUCAGGAGCUCGGAGGGGUUUCAGAUUGUCCAUGUCCAUAAACAACAGUGCCUUUCCGUAAAUCAGAAAGUGGUCGUGGGCUCAUGCAACUGGAGCAGCCAGAACCAGCAGUGGCUAUGGAUUCAGGAUGGGAAGCUUCUUCAUGUGAAAUCUGCCCUGUGCCUGGGUGUCUCCAACUCUUCUGGUGGCCCUUUCCGGGCUGCCCUGCUCACCCACUGCUCCCAGGCGCCCGAAUGGACCUGCCAUGAGCAGGAAGGGUUCCUUGAGUUGGGAAGCAUGGGACUCUUUCUCAAAAAACAAGGCUCUAAGGUAGUGGUCAAGAAGAGCAAGAAGUACCUCCACAGCUGGAUGAAAAUAGAGGUCAACAAGGAGGGAAAGCUGGCCAAUGAAAGCCUCUGCCUGAGAAAAGCAGUCCUGGGAUCCGAAGUUUCAGUGAGGAGUGUUAGAAACACAGCUCUUCCGCAGGUCCCCACUACUUCAAAUACAGUUCCAUCUAGUCUGGAACACCUUCCCAGGAAUACUACAGAGGCCUUCAUUGGGAACAGCACAGAAAACUACAGUCAAAACAUCAGCAAGAGGCACCACCCCAGUCCGCCUGUGACUGCAGCUACAGACACAUCAUGGAUUCCUUCAAUGACGACGCCGCCUUUCUUCAGCACCACGACAGAGACUGGACUGGGAGAGCCAGUGAGAUGUAACUUCACCCUGUUGGAGUCCAGUGUCUCUAGCCUGGAGGCGUUUGUCCAGUGGAGAACUUUAGGGUCACCCUGUAACUUUAGCCUCAUCUACAGCAGUGAUACCUCAGGGCCCUUGUGGUGCCACCCCAUUCGGACAGACAACAUCACCUAUGGAUGUAACCCCAAGGAUUUACAAGCAGGGACCAUGUACAACUUCAGGAUUGUUUCCCUGGAUGGAGAAGAGAGAACUGUGGUCUUGCAAACAGACCCGUUGCCUCCUGCUAGGCUUGAAGUCAAUACGGAGAAGACCACCUCAACCAGCCUCCAGGUUUGGUGGACUCCCGCUCCUGGAAAAGUCACCUGGUAUGAGGUGCAAUUAUUUAAUGAUAAUAAUCAAAAGAUACAAGGGGUCCAAGUCCAAGAAAGCACAUCACGGAAUAAAUAUACAUUUUUGAACCUCACUGCUGGUAAUAAUUAUAAUAUUGCCAUCACAACUGUUUCUGGAGAGAAGCGUUCCUUCACAGUCUAUACCAAUGGAUCAACAGCGCCCUCUCCAGUGAAAGAUAUUGGCAUUUCUACAAAACCCACUUCUCUCCUGAUUUCCUGGUCCCAUGGUUAUGGGAAUGUGGAGCGAUACUGGCUGAUUCUCAUGGAUAAAGGGACUAUAGUUCAAGACAGUAAUGUGGACAAACAUGAUACAUCUUAUGCUUUUCAUGGGCUGACACCUGGCCACCUUUAUAACCUCAGUAUUGUGACCGUAGCUGCAGGACUGCAAAACUACAAGUGGCAACUAGUCAGGACAGCUCCCAUGGAAGUCUCAAAUCUGAAGGUGACUAAUGAUGGCAGUCUGAGCUCUCUAAAAGUCAAGUGGCAAAGACCUUUUGGAGAUGUUGAUUCCUACAACAUCACCCUGUCUCACCAAGGGGCUGCCAAGGAAAGCAGAAUAUUAGAGCCUUGGGUCACUGAAACUCACUUUAAGGACUUGGCCCCGGGACGGCUUUAUCAAGUUAGCAUCAGUUCUCUCUCUGGAGAACUGUCUGCUCAGAAGAUGGCAGAGGGUAGAACAGUUCCAGACAAAGUGGGGAAUCUAGAGACAAACAACAAUGGCUGGAUGAGGUCCCUUGUAGUGAGCUGGUCGCCCCCUGCUGGAGACUGGGAGCAGUACCGCAUCCUGCUCUUCAAUGACUCUGGGGUGCUCCUCAACACCACCGUGGGAAAGGAGGAAACACACUACGCCAUGGACAACGUGGGGCUUAUCCCAGGAAGACAGUAUGAGAUAGAAGUCGCUGUUGAGAGUGGAAAUCUGAGGAAUUCGGUGCGUUGCCAAGGCCGGACAGUUCCCCUGGCUGUCCUCCAGCUUCGUGUCAAACAUGCCAAUGAAACCUCACUGGGCAUCAUGUGGCAAGCCCCUGUAGCCGAGUGGGAGAAAUACAUCAUUUCACUAGCCUACCAAGAUCUCUUACUUAUCCACAAGUCGCUCUCCAAAGAUGCCAAAGAAUUCACUUUUACAGACCUGGUCCCUGGGCGAAAGUACACGGCUACAGUCACCAGUAUUAGUGGAGAUUUAAAAAAUUCCUCUUCAAUUAAAGGAAGAACAGUGCCUGCCCAAGUGACUGAUUUGACUGUAGCCAACCAAGGGAUGACCAGUAGUCUGUUCACUAACUGGACGGCAGCACCGGGAGAUGUAGACAUAUACCAAGUUUUACUAAUCCAUGAAAAUGUGGUCAUCAAAAAUGAGAGUGUCUCCAGUAAGACCAACCGAUACAGCUUCCACUCUCUGAAGUCGGGCAGCCUCUACUCUGUGGUAGUAACCACAGUGAGUGGAGGGGUCUCUUCCCGACAAGUGGUGAUGGAAGGAAGAACAGUCCCAUCCAGUGUAAGUGGAGUAAGAGUGAACAAUUCAGGUCGUAAUGACUACCUGGGUGUUUCCUGGCUGCCGGCACCUGGAGAUGUAGAUAACUAUGUGGUGACACUCUCCCAUGAGGACAGGGCCGUUCAGUCCCUCAUCAUCGCCAAGUCUGUCAGUGAAUGCUCCUUCAGCUCCCUCACCCCAGGCCGCCUCUACAAUGUGACCAUAACUACCAGGAGUGGCCAGUAUGAAAGCCAUUUCUUCAGUGAAGAACGGACAGUGCCUGACAAGGUCCAGGGAAUCAGCAUCAGCAAUUCUGCCAGGAGCGACUAUUUAAAAGUGUCAUGGGUGCAUGCUACUGGAGACUUUGAUCACUAUGAAGUCACCAUUAAAAACAAAAACAACUUCAUUCAAACAAAAAUCAUUCCCAAGUCAGAAAAUGAGUGUGUAUUUGUUCAUCUUGUCCCUGGACGACUAUACAGUGUCACUGUUAGCACAAAAAGUGGACAAUAUGAAGCCAGCGAACAAGGCAAUGGGAGGACAAUCCCAGAGCCUGUUAAGGACCUUGCACUGUGUAACAGGAGCACCGAGGAUCUCCAUGUGACUUGGACACGUGCUGAUGGGGACGUUGAUCAGUAUGAGAUCCAGCUGCUCUUCAAUGACAUGAAAGUAUUUCCUCCUUUUCACCUUGAAAAUACUGCAACUGAGUUCCGGUUCACCUCCCUCACACCAGGACGCCGGUACAAAAUCCUGGUCCUGACCAUCAGUGGAGAUGUGCAGCAGUCAGCCUUCAUCGAGGGCCUCACUGUUCCUAGUGCUGUCAAAAAUAUUCAUGUUUCUCCCAACGGAGCUACAGAUAGCCUGGUAGUGACUUGGACCCCUGGUGGUGGAGAUGUCGACUCUUACGUGGUAUCAGCAUUCAGACAGAAUCAGAAGGCUGAUUCUCAGACCAUCCCCAAGCACAUCUCAGAGCACACUUUCCACCGGCUGGAGGCCGGGGCCCAGUACCAGAUCACGAUUGCCUCAGUCAGUGGGUCCCUGAGGAACCAGAUAGGGGCGCUUGGGCAGACAGUUCCAGCAUCUGUCCAGGGAGUAAUUGCUGACAAUGCAUACAGCAGUCAUUCCUUAAUCGUAAGUUGGCAAAAAGCUGUUGGUGUGGCAGAAAGAUAUGAUAUCUUGCUUCUGAAUGAAAACGGGAUCAUUCUGACCAACACAUCUGAGCCAGCCACUGCUAAGCAGCACAAAUUUGAAGAUCUAACACCAGGCAAGAAAUAUAAGCUACAGAUCCUAACUGUCAGUGGAGGUCUCUUCAGCAAGGAAGCGCAGGCUGAAGGCCGAACAGUCCCUGCAGCUGUCACCAACCUGAGGAUCACAGAGAACUCCACUAGACACCUGUCCUUCAGCUGGACUGCCUCAGAGGGGGAGCUCAACGGUUACAAUAUCUUCCUGUACAACCCAGAUCGAAGCCUUCAGAAGAGAGCUCAAGUUGACCCACAAGUCCAGAGCUUUUCUUUCCAGAACUUGCUUCAAGGCCGCAAGUACAAGAUGGUGAUCGUCACUCACAGUGGGGAACUAUCUAAUGAGUCAUUCAUAUUUGGGAGAACAGUUCCUGCUGCUGUGAAUCAUCUGAAAGGAUCCAAUCAGAACAUGACAGAUAGCCUCUGGUUUAGCUGGACUCCAGCCUCUGGAGAAUUUGACUUCUAUGAACUGAUUCUCUACAAUCCCAAUGGCACAAAGAAGGAAAACCAUAAAGACAAGAACCUCACCGAGUGGCGUUUCCAUGGCCUAAUUCCUGGGAGGAAGUAUACAUUGUGUGUGGUGACUCACAGUGGAGACCUCAGCAAUAAAGUCACAGGAGAGGGCAGGACAGCCCCAAGUCCUCCAAGUCUCUUGUCCUUUGCUGAUGUCUCAAACACUUCCUUGGCCAUCACGUGGAAGGGGCCUCCAGACUGGACGGACUACAAUGACUUUGAGCUGCAGUGGCUUCCCCGGGAUGCACUCACUGUCUUCAACCCCUACAGCAACAGGAAGUCAGAAGGUCGCAUUGUCUAUGGUCUCCGUCCAGGGAGAUCCUAUCACUUCAGUGUCAGGACGAUCAGUGGAGAUGCCGGGAAAACCUACAGCAAACCUAUUUCUGGAUCUGUGAGGACAAAGCCAGACAAGAUACAGAACUUGCAUUGCCGGCCUCAGAACUCGACCGCCAUCGCCUGUUCGUGGAUUCCUCCUGAUUCUGACUUUGACGGCUACAGCAUCGAAUGCCGUAAAAUGGACACCCAGGAAAUUGAGUUUUCCAGAAAGCUGGAGAAAGAAAAGUCUCUGCUUAACAUCAUGAUGCUAGUGCCCCAUAAGAGAUACCUGGUAUCCAUCAAAGUGCAGUCAGCCGGUGUGACCAGUGAGGUGGUUGAAGACAGCACUAUCACCAUGAUCGACCGCCCUCCCCCGCCCCCUCCACAUAUUCGUGUGAAUGAAAAGGACGUGCUCAUCAGCAAAUCGUCCAUCAACUUCACUGUCAACUGCAGCUGGUUCAGUGACACCAACGGGGCUGUGAAAUACUUUACAGUGGUGGUGAGAGAGGCCGAUGGCAGUGAUGAGCUGAAGCCAGAACAGCAGCACCCUCUCCCUUCCUACCUGGAAUACAGGCACAAUGCCUCCAUUCGAGUAUACCAGACCAAUUAUUUUGCCAGCAAAUGUACUGAAAGUCCUGACAGCAACUCGAAGAGUUUUAACAUUAAGCUUGGAACGGAGAUGGACAGCCUUGGUGGGAAAUGUGAUCCCAGUCAGCAGAAAUUCUGUGAUGGACCGCUGAAGCCACACACUGCCUACAGAAUCAGCAUUCGGGCUUUUACUCAGCUGUUUGAUGAGGACUUAAAAGAAUUCACAAAGCCCCUGUAUUCAGACACAUUUUUUUCUUUGCCCAUCACCACAGAGUCAGAGCCCUUGUUUGGAGUUAUUGAAGGAGUGAGUGCUGGCCUGUUUUUAAUUGGCAUGCUGGUGGCGCUUGUUGCCUUUUUCAUCUGCAGACAGAAAGCUAGCCAUGGCAGAGAAAGGCCAUCCGCCCGCCUGAGCAUUCGUAGGGACCGGCCAUUAUCUGUCCACUUGAAUCUGGGCCAGAAAGGCAGCCGGAAAACUUCUUGUCCAAUAAAAGUUAAUCAGUUUGAAGGGCAUUUUAUGAAGCUGCAGGCUGACUCCAACUACCUUCUAUCCAAGGAAUAUGAGGACUUAAAAGACAUAGGUCGAAACCAGUCAUGUGAUAUUGCACUCUUACCAGAGAACAGAGGGAAAAAUCGAUACAACAAUAUAUUGCCCUAUGAUGCCUCACGAGUGAAGCUCUCCAACGUAGACGAUGACCCUUGCUCUGACUACAUCAAUGCCAGCUACAUCCCAGGCAACAACUUCAGAAGAGAAUACAUUGCUACUCAGGGACCACUUCCUGGCACCAAGGAUGACUUCUGGAAAAUGGCGUGGGAACAAAACGUUCACAACAUUGUCAUGGUGACCCAGUGUGUUGAGAAAGGGCGAGUGAAGUGUGAUCAUUACUGGCCAGCAGACCAGGACUCUUUGUACUAUGGGGAUCUUAUUCUACAGAUGAUCUCAGAAUCCGUGUUGCCUGAGUGGACCAUCAGAGAGUUUAAGAUAUGCAGUGAGGAACAGCUUGAUGUACAUAGACUCAUCCGUCACUUUCACUACACAGUGUGGCCGGACCAUGGAGUCCCAGAGACUACUCAGUCCCUGAUCCAGUUUGUAAGAACUGUCAGGGACUACAUCAACAGAAGCCCAGGGGCUGGGCCCACUGUGGCACACUGCAGUGCUGGUGUGGGUAGAACUGGAACCUUUAUUGCCUUGGACCGAAUCCUUCAGCAGCUUGACUCCAAAGACUCAGUGGACAUUUAUGGAGCAGUGCACGAUUUGAGACUUCACAGGGUUCACAUGGUCCAGACCGAGUGUCAGUACAUAUACCUGCACCAGUGUGUGAGAGAUGUCCUCAGAGCCAGGAAGCUUCGGAACGAACAAGAAAACCCCCUGUUUCCAAUCUACGAAAAUGUGAAUCCAGAAUAUCACAGAGAUGCAGUCUAUUCAAGACAUUAAGAAUGUACCUGAAGAUCUCCUGCAUUAGAACUUUUCACUGUGUGAUUUAAAAAGAUAUAUACCAAAAAAAAACUUUGCUUCAUGCUCUGCAGAGGUGUCAGCUAUUUCUGUUAAUACUAUGUAUAAUUUAUUAAUCUGGAGAAUGUUAAAGAAUUUAUGUAAUUUAAAAGUGUCAGAUAUUAUUGUACAGUUAUAUUUUAUAGUUUCUCCUGUAAAUAUGUAUUUUUUCAUAAUGUUUAAUAUUAAGCUUUAUAUAAUACUAUUUUUCCACACUAAAGUGUUCAUGGCUUGUUCUACAUAAACUAAUUCAACCUGUAUGACAGAACUGCUGGUGAAAUGUCUAUGGAGGAAGUUGCAAGACAACCUAGGAUCAUGUUUCUUGUCUGUGUUGAUAUUUACUGGACAGGAUAAAGGAUGGAACUAGAGAAAGCAUAUAAUAUGGCUAACUUUCUUUUACUGCUGUCCCAUGACCUUGAGAUCCAAAGAGGAUCCACGUUCUAUUGUGACAAAUGUAACCAUCAAGAAGAGCAUUAGGGCUAGGGAUAUACCUCCGUGCCACCGCGUACGCUUAGCACAGGUUGAAUUCCCAGCACCAAGCAUUUGCAUGUUUCAAGAAAGUAUUUAGAUAGCAUCAAAGCUAAGCUAAGAAUGGUGCCUUAACUAAAUGUUUUCUUCCCUUUGUAUGGCCAGAGGUAAUGACUGUGGUCUGCUCAGGGGCCAUGUAACCUGAAAUACAGGGUUGAAGGUUGUGAGAGAAAAUGACAAAUGUAGAGAGUGAAAUACUUUGUGUCGAGAAUGCCAGCUAUACCCAUGACUGGAAAAUAACACACACAGCAUAUUAUAGUCCUGCAGUACUUUAAAAGAAGAUAUGGUGGUCAAUUAUGUUCCUCACCAAAGGAUCAAAUACCAACAUUUGACAGAAAUGUCCACAAGCACAUUUAUUACAAUUUAACAAACAAACUAUAGUAAAAAACAAAACUAAGUAUCCCUUACUAUAAAAUUUUCCCCAAGACUUUUUGAGUCAAUGAAGUAAAAAUGUCAAGUAGUCACCUAAAGUUGAAGUUUGUAUAAAAGGUACUAAAUACCCUACUAAUGUUAGCUUUGAUACCUGUGCCUUAUUUUGACCAUAACAAACUUAAGUGAGUCAGAAAAAGAAUGUUGUCCACAUCAAGGUCUAGUUCCUAGAGCUUUCCUGGGGAAAUGUGAAAAGCACCUAUACCCAAGGAAAGGAGAUGGAGUUGUUUGCUUUGAAUUACACAUUUGUUGAUUUCAGAGCUGCAUCGGCAGAAAGUAUGCCUCUUCAAAGGAUGUAUUCUUGCUGUGUAUCAUAAGUUCUCACAAGUAAUAAGAUGAGCAUAGUUGACAUAGUAAUUGAAAAUGGGCAACCAUACCUAAAAUUAUAAUUUUUGUUUAUAAAUAUAAUUGCAUAAAUCUUCACCCAAUCUGUAAUUUUUUCCAGGGUUAUUUGAAGUUUAUAAAAAUGGGUGCAGUAAUAAGAUACUUCAGGUAUGACUUUGUGAAAUGCUACUGUUGGGAUCUCUCCCCUUUCUCCUGCCAGGAAUACAGGCCGUGGUCAAGGAGCACCAAAUAUGCAAGCAAGGAGAUGCACGACUAGGGAGGAAACAGAGGUCAGAUCCUGAUGUGCUGUGGGGUUUCUUGGGAAUAACUUUUCAUAUGGGAUAAAGUAAGUCAGGCUGGGGGUACAGUUCAGUAAUAGGCGCAUGUGUGGUCUAUCCCAAGGCUUCAGUCCUACUGACUCCCCAGGGGAAAAAAAGCGGUGGAAAAAAAAGCUGAAAUUUUAAAUUGAUGUUGCCUAGUGCAAAGCACUUUGAUAUUUGAAAAGAUAAAUACAUUUUCAGCUUUUCAUUUAUUCAGAAAAGUUUUAGUAAGUGCUUGGAGCCUCCUAGGUACUGUUCAUAAUCUCUAACUUUCUACUCCCAUGAAGAGAAUACAUGGUAAUAAUGAACUUAAGACUGUUACUGUUUUCAGAUGAACUUAAAAGAGGACCUAGGAAAGGGGAACAGGUAACAGAGGCAGCCUAGCACAGCGGUCACCUUCCAUUGGCCAACAGUACUGAGGCUGUUUCAGUAGCAAAAUACUGUGGGCGCAUAAGAGAAAACAGUUGAUUGCACAAAUAAGGAAUUAUACUCCCAACACCCUGUCCAGCUGUAAGCUACACGUAGUGCUUGUGCACCUUCACAGCGUCCAAAGUGAAAUCAGAAUUAUAGAAACAAACUUGGCAAGGGAAAACCUUACAAUCUCUUCAUUUAAUUCAAGCAAUAUUGAUCGUACUCUUCAUUUUAUUUAGACCCCCUUAGCAACAAGUAUUUGGCUGCAAGUCCAGUUGAUCUAUUUAUUUAAUUUAGUAGCGAGCUAGGCUGGCAUGUAGCUCAGUGGCACAACACUUGCCUGGUACAUGCUAGGUCUUGAGUUCAGUCUCUAGUAUCACAAAAUAUACAGGGUUAGGAGGGAAAAGACAAGGUUUCCUUGACAUUCAGCUCCAUUGGAUGUAUUUCCCUUUCAUCACAUCACGUGGCUGGGCCCUGGUAAACACCGUUUCCUGCUGAGGCGGCAUCCUGUCAGCACCUGUGCGUACGUUCCUCUUUCAUCGUGGAGCCUUCAAAGUGCUUUGGAGCUCUCAAGUCCUGGGAGAGUCUGUCUUGCAUCAUAAUAAUUAUUUAUCUAAGUUCCUUAUAAUUAACUCCUUUAAUCUCUUCAUAUUAAAUCAAUUUUAUGCUAUCAUUCUGUUGUUCCUUGGCAACGUUCCAGUCUUUCAGCUCUUAAAUCAGGUUUUCUUUUCAAAGUCUUGUCUCCCUGUCUGGGCUUGCGUGAAUUUGUCCUGAGCAGUUUCCUAUCCAGCAGCACCUUUAAGGGCCACCGUGUCACUACUUGCCCCAUCUCACUAUAGAAUACACUCACUGUGCCAGUUUUGUCUUCUGUUCAUCUCUUCUCCUUAAUCCAUGGACAAAAUUUCAUAGGUGCUGCUUUAUAACAGAGCAAUCAUGACUUCAUGCUUACACUUAAACAUGGCAACAGCACAGUACCACGGGGUCAGUUAUAUUUGAGAGGACCUUUAAUUAAUGUUGUUAUUACCUCUUGGAAGAAAGCCCAAAAUGACAUGAGAAAAUAAUAUGAAACUCUUCAGCAGAUGUCCAGUGAUACAAAAAUAGGGCUCACAUGUUACACUUCACACUGAUUUUAUUGCCUUGGUAUCUAAGGCUCCAGUAUCUUAUAUUAAACACUCUCCAUACCCAUUGCAAAUGAUCUGCCACAUACUAAAUUGUUAUACACUUAGCUUUUUGGGAAUCACUUGCGGUUGGAGUCCUGACACCUUAAAGCUACAAGUGGUAGUAUCUGAGCCCCAGUCUUGAGGUUUUCGAGAACUUUAGUUCACCAAGGUUAGCCAGACCAAGCCUGACCUGGCAAUACAAUAAGCUGGUUGUUUACAGUAGCAGCUCAGGGGUUGUCUGAAGUUAGUUUUAUUGGGGGAAAAAAUGAAUGUAACUUAUUAGUCAAGACAGAGUGUCAAGAAGGUUAUGAGUGGUCCUUCUCCACGUGACAUUGAGCAGGCUUCCGAUCCUACCUCAUUUCUGGACAUUGCUAACCUGAGAUCCAGAAUCACAUAUCCACAUUAAAGGAAACUGCAAAUGGCAAGAUGAUGAUGUAAGGAAGGGAAAAUAUCUGAGAAAAGUCAACUGACCUAGACAUCAUGAGGAAGAUAAAACAACAUUUCAUCCUUGUGGUGAGACUAUUCUUUGGAAAUUUUAUUAUCUAUUUUUAUUAUGACAUAUACUUUGAACAUCCCUAAUUUAAAAAUCUGAAAUGCUUUACAAUCCAAGGAAACUGUUCUCCUGACCUUAUGUGAUGUCACAGUCAAACAUGGGCAAAAAUUACCAUCAGCUAUGUGCAUGCAGCAUAUGUGAGUCAUAAGUGAAUUUCAUGGUUACAAUGGGAAUUCAUCCUCAAUAUUGUUACUAUACAUGUGCAAACAUUCUAAAAGUUAAAAAUAGAUCUGAAAUCAUUCAGAUUGUAAAGCAUCUCAGAUAAGGGAUACUGAACCUAUGCUGGCUUUCUUAGAGGUUCGUUUUGACUGUUGACCAGGUGCCUUAGCUGACUCAACAAUGGAAUCAAUUCAUUUAACUUUUUGAUUAACCUGGUGUGUGACAGUUUUCUUGGGUUUGGCAUUCCAGACACACCACCUUAGAUUCUUCUAGUGUAUGAUGACUUUGAAAGUGUUUGGCCAUUUUAGUUAAGAUGCAGGGUAACAUUCAAUAGAGCUAUGAUAACAGCAAAAAUCUGUUCUGCUCUAAAAAUAUUUCUAGCAAUGAAAAUAUUUCUGGCUAUAAGAAUACUCUUGACUUUUAGGGAGGAUCCCUUGGAAAAAAAUUCAUGCAUUUUAUUUUUUUAAGAUUGUCUAUAGAGAUGAGGAAAUUGUUGGUGAAUGCUCCCAAAAUAGAAGUUUAUGUAAUGGAAAUAAUGGAUAUAUUAAAAGAUAUACCAAAGAUUAUGUUUAUAACCUAUAUGCCAAUGCACCCGAUCUUAUAUAAGGCACCAAAAUAAGUUGCUCAAAACUGUGAAUAAUUUCAAGCAAAUGCAAUGUGUGCCUUCUAGAAUAGUCACAAGAAGGUUUAGUUAUGGCUGUCUUCUGCCUUAAGUAAUUUCUUUCAAGAAAUACUGUCCCUAGCAGCAAGCUGUGAAUUCUGUUUGAGAUGUUGUAUUUUCUAGCUUAUGUGUGUACAUAAUCAUUGCCUCAAGGAAGGAAUACAUGCAGUUAUGGCUUUAGGAGUCUAGCAGAGCUGAGCAGCACCCAGCUGCAAGUCAAAUUCACCAAAAUGCACCAACAUUUAUGGUCUCCUGUCUGAGCCACACUGGCAAGAGAGGGUACCAGCUUUUCCACCUGAAGAGGGUUUAGUCUCUGCUCUUGCUCGGAAGACUCACUGUGCAUAUAAAUUUUUCAAGAACAAAGAGCAAGUCUGUUAUCUCUACUCCCACCUUGGAGAAAACAGUUCACAGCUCAAACAUACCUUACAUUCACUUUUUGAGAGAAAAUUGUUCCUGGCCUGAUCCUUUGGAUGCUAGAUUAUGUCCACCAAUUCUAGUGUUCAUAGAUGUGCACCUGGCUGUUUCUUCAUCUGUGUGAAACAUAAAUAUAUAAUGUAAAUAAAUCCACUAGCUGAGCUUACUAUGUUCUACAAUAGAGCACUUUUAUGUGUUUUAAAUCAUUCAUUUGUUCUCUAUAGAUCUGGUUAAAAUGCAAGAAAUAAAUCCUUUUUUUCCAUCCUGUAACAUAUACCCACAGUAUUAUGUCUAUAACCAACACUCUGAACAAAGAACCUCAUUCGUCCUCCUAUUUAAAUUGUGAACAUGGUUAAGAUGCUUUCAUACUUGUGACUGUAUGCAAAACAUUUAUGUGGUAUCCUAUACACAUCACCACCGAUAUAGGAAUAAAACUGCUGCUUGUUGAAGGAAA